CGCCCCGUCUCGGCCUCCCCACGCCUGCCACCACCACCAGCACACCGUCGUCCUCACACUUGCCUCUCAUCCUCCCUGCCGAGGCCGCAGCGGUCAGCAGGCGGCGCGGACGCUUCUCCUUGGCAAGGCCAGGCAAGCGACAGGCAUGGGCUUCCCGGUCGGCUACUCCGAGCUGCUGCUCCCCAAGCAGCUGCUCCACCUCCUCCUCCUGCUCGGCUACCUCCGCCGCUUCCUCCUCUGGGCCUUCGACGCCGUCGGCCUCGGCGACCUGCUGGAUCUCGGGGACGAGCACCUGCCGCAGGACCACGCGCGCGCCGACCACGCCGCCGCGGCGGCGCAGCUGCUGCAGCACCGGCGGCCCGAGUUCCGGCCCGUCACGGCCAUGGUCAUCGAGGAGGUGCUCCCCGUGGUGCGGUUCGACGAGCUGGAGGCCGCGGCGUGCGUCGACGGGGACUGCGCCGUGUGCCUCAGCGGCAUCGGCGGCGGCGACGAGGUGCGGCGGCUCAGCAACUGCCGCCACGCCUUCCACCGGGGCUGCCUGGACCGCUGGAUGGAGCACGACCAGCGCACCUGCCCGCUCUGCCGCGCGCCGCUCAUCCCCGACGAGAUGGCCGGCGCGCUCUGGGCCGCCGCCGCCGGCGUGCCCGACGCCUCCGACUUCGACUUCUUCUACCUGGGCGCCGCCUCGGCGCCGGCCACCCCGACGCUGCUGCGGCCGCACGAGCUGCUGCUCACCGGCCUCGGCGGCUACCAGUGAGCCCGCCCCCGAUUCGGUCCAGGCAAUCGGCCGCCGCCGCCCCGAAUGCGCAAUUUUACAGGACUGAAUUGGUCUCCGCGUCCGGACGCCGGCGAGCUGCCUGGCCCCAGCCGUGUACAUAGGGCGAAAUGAGUAAAGUAACCGCCCCGAAAAGGGCUAGGAGAUUAGAUUCUUGUUAUGUAUAGCUAGAUUCCAUCUUCCAAGUUUGCGGAGCUGUGGAUCUUUCUUUCUUCUGCCAAUUAAAUUUGUUGAUGAGUUA